AUGACAACCACAGCCGAAGCACCGACAACCACAGCCAGCUCCACAUCAACCACAGCUUCCCCCACAUCAAACACAGAUGCUGCUACGACAACAACAGCUACAACAACCAAAGCAAUCCCCACAACCACAGAUGCUCCCGGAACAACCACGUCUGCAAUGACAACCACAGCCGCAGCUCCGACAACCACAGCCAGCCCCACAUCAACCACAGCUUCCCCCACAUCAAACACAGAUGCUGCUACAACAACAACAGCCGGCCCCACAAUAUCCACAGCUGUUUACAACAACUGUAGCUACCCCCACAACAACCACAGCUGCCACUACAACAACCACAGCUUCACCAAUGAUAACCACAGCUGUAACAACGAUAACUCCAGCUUCUGCUACAACAACAACACCCGUUGCUCCAACAACUACUGCCCCAGUGAUUCCACUGACCCUCCAACAGCAAAUGAAGGUGUACUUAUUCUGCAUUUCCGGCUGAAUAGUACAUUUCUGGAAGCCUACAAAAGUCCACAGUCCAAUGACUGUUGCAAUGAAAAGUACAGCUGUGGCAACAACAAUCACAGCUGCAAACGAAACAACCACAUCGGCAUCAAUGACAACCACAGAAGUAGCUCCGACAACCACAGCCACAGCUCCAACAACCACAGUUGUACUAACAACAACCACAGCUGCUCCCACAACAACCACAGAUGCACCCACAACAAGCACAUAUUCUCUAACAACUACUACAGAUAUUCCAACAACCACAACAGCUUCCUCUUCAACAACCACAGCUUCCCCCACGACAACCACAGUUGCUGCUACUACAACAACAGCUGCGGAUUCAACAACCACAGAUGCACCCACAACAAUCCAAAAAAUGUUGACAACAACUAUAGAAGCUCCCAGAACCACCACAGCUUCCCCUACAACAACCACAGCUCAGCACCAACACCGACUAAAGCUGCUCCCACAACAACCACACUGCAGACACAAGAAGAAGAGCUCUGUCCAAACAACAACAACAACAACAACAACAGCUGUUCCCACAACAACCACAGCUUCCCCGACAACAACCAUAGCUGCUGCAACAACAACAACAGCUGCAGCUACAACAACCACAGCCAGCCCCACAACCACAGAUGCUCCCGGAACAACCACGUCUACAACGACAACCACAGCCGCAGCUCCGACAACCACAGCCAGCCCCACAUCAACCACAGCUUCCCGCACAUCAAAAACAGAUGCUGCCAAGACAACAACAGCAGUCUCCACAACAUCCACAGCUGUUCCCACAACAACUACAGCUUCCCCCACAACAACCAAAGCCAUCCCUACAACCACAGAUGCUCCCGGAACAACCACGUCUGCAAUGACAACCACAGCAGCAGCUCCGACAACCACAGCCAGCCCCACAUCAACCACAGCUUCCCCCACAUCAAACACAGAUGCUGCUACAACCACAACAGCCGGCCCCACAACAUCCACAGCUGUUCGGACAACAACUGUAGCUACCCCCACAACAACCACAGCUGCCACUACAACAACCACAGCUUCACCAAUGAUAACCACAGCUGUAACAACGAUAACUACAGCUUCUGCUACAACAACAACACCUGCUGCCCCAACCAUUUACCACACAACAACCACAGCUGCUUCUACAACAACCACAGCCAUGGCAACAACAACCACAGCUGCUCCCCAAACAACAACAUAUGUUUCAACAACUACAGCCACACCAAUGACAUCUACUGCUGUGGCUCUGAAAACAGCUCCCACAACCAUAAUAGCUUCUAUUGCUACAAGCACAGCUUCCCCCAAAACAACCACAGCGACAUUAAAGACAUCUACAGCAGCAGGUUCAACAACAGCUCCCACAACCAUAAUAGCUUCGAUUACUACAAGCACAGCUUCCCACAAAACAACCACAACAACAUUAAUGACAUCUACAGCAGCAGCUAUGACAAGUACAGCGGUAGCUACAACCACUACAGAUGCACUCACAACAACCACAACCACAGCUGCUGCUACAAUAAUAACAACAUCUACAGCAACAACACCCAUCACCUCGUCCACAACAACCACAGCUGCUCCCACUACAAACACAGCUGCUCCCACAACAACCACAACUGCACCAACCACAACCACAGCAUCUCCAUUAACAUUUACAGCAGAGGCUUCAACAACUUCAGCUGA